GCGAGGCAGGAGCCGGCGGCUGGGCUCGGCGGCGCAUCCAGCGCAGCGCGGCGCUCCGGGCCCGGCCUCAUGCCCGCAGCCCCGCCGGACCGCCCUUGAGCGCGGGCGCCCUACCCGCGCCCCCCGCCCGCUGGCACCAUUGCCCCGACGGCGCGGCCGGGCGGCCCGGCGCUCCCCAGGCUCCGCGCCGGCCGGAAAACGCUGCUGGCGGCCGCUGCGGGCGUGGUGAUGCUGCUGGUGCUGGUGGUGCUCAUCCCCGUGCUGGUGAGCUCGGGCGGCCCGGACGGCCACUAUGAGAUGCUGGGCACCUGCCGCAUGGUAUGCGACCCCUACCCCGCGCGGGGCCCCGGCGCCGGCGCUCGGCCCGACGGCGGCGACGCCCUGAGCGAGCAGAGCGGCGCGCCCCCGCCUUCAACGCUGGUGCAGGGCCCCCAGGGGAAACCGGGCCGCACAGGCAAGCCGGGCCCCCCGGGGCCCCCCGGGGACCCAGGUCCUCCGGGCCCUGUGGGGCCACCCGGGGAGAAGGGUGAGCCAGGCAAGACCGGCCCUCCCGGGCUACCGGGUGCGGGGGGCAGCGGCGCCAUCAGCACGGCCACCUACACCACGGUGCCACGCGUGGCCUUCUACGCCGGCCUCAAGAACCCUCAUGAGGGUUACGAGGUGCUCAAGUUCGACGACGUGGUCACCAACCUAGGCAACAAUUACGACGCCACCAGCGGCAAGUUUACGUGCAACAUUCCCGGCACCUACUUUUUCACCUACCACGUCCUCAUGCGCGGCGGCGACGGCACCAGUAUGUGGGCGGACCUCUGCAAGAACGGCCAGGUGCGGGCCAGCGCCAUAGCCCAGGACGCAGACCAGAACUAUGACUAUGCCAGCAACAGUGUGAUCCUGCACCUGGACGCGGGUGAUGAGGUCUUUAUCAAGCUCGACGGAGGCAAAGCGCACGGCGGCAACAGCAACAAAUACAGCACAUUCUCCGGCUUCAUCAUCUACUCCGAUUGAGCUCCCCGCGUCCCCCUCUAUCCCUUAUCUACACUCUCCUCCACCCCCCACCCCGCGACUCCCCUCUGGGCGGGCUGAGGACAACCCAGCCCCCGGCUCCCCAGCCCUGUCUGCGGGCCCUCCCCGGCUAUGACGCCCCUGGCCCGCCCUCGCCACCAACCGGGCCGCAGGCUAGGGUCUCCUGCCCGCUCGCUGCAGAGCCGGGUGCAGAGCGCCCGGUCCCGGCCCCCGGGAGGCGGUGUCCACCGCCCCCGCCCCCGCCCGCGCUGUAUAUUUGUACAAUAGGACUGUUUAUUGCUCACCCUGCUCGCCAGCCCGCCCCAGACUGGGGACAGGUCUCAGCGAGGACCCUGCCCAUGCUCGGAUGCGCUGCCCACCGGCUCCAGGGUGGCGCUUCCUGGGAGAGGGGUGGGUUGGGGCUGGAUAGCGUCCAAGCACCUGCUAAAGCCCGAGCCCGACCCGGCUGCGCCCCGUCUGACCGAAGCUCUAAUAAAAACACUUCCACCCCGCUCGCUUUGGGUCUGUGCCCUGGAGAGGAGUUGCAGGAGGGGACGGUGAACCCUGCCUUCUUCCAGAAAGGAAAGGGGUCUGCUGGAAGUUUCCGGUGGAUCUGGGAGCAGGCAGGUGCCAGAAUCAGAGUUGCUCUGGGAGGAGGUGGUCCAAGGGGCCCAAUGCUCACCACAGCCCAAGAGCAGAAAUGGGAAGCAGCCCAGUUGCAUCAUCAUCUUCCAUGGUGGAAAUGUUCCAUUUGUCUGUCCUUGAAGGUGGCAUCAGCAAGGUUUAAACUGCGACACCCAGGUUCUCAAUUUGGUACCACUGUGUG